AUGAUCUUUGCCGCCCGUCAACUUCAGGAGAAGUGCCAGGAGAUGCGGACCCACCUGUACUCUACCUUCGUGGACCUGAGGAAAGCCUUCGACACGGUGAAUCAUGAAGGAUUGUGGAAGAUCAUGCAGAAAUUCGGCUGUCCGGAGCGAUUUACUCAGAUGGUGCGUCAGCUGCACGACGGUAUGAUGGCGCGAGUCACGGACAACGGAGCUGUCUCAGAGGCAUUCGCAGUGACUAACGGAGUGAAGCAGGGCUGCGUACUGGCGCCUACCCUCUUCAGUCUUAUGUUCUCUGCCAUGCUGAUGGACGCCUACCGCGACGAACGCCCAGGGAUCCGCAUCGCCUACAGGACGGACAGUCACCUCCUAAAUCAACGGCGGAUUCACUUUUAG